UCCGCCUGUGCGUGACCGUGAGCGCAUCUGCGUGCGCUAAUGUGAGGAAACGCUCCGCGAGAAAAAAAUCCUGCGUGGGUGGAUAGACGGAAGAACGGGACGAGGAGAGGGAAGCUGGAUCGGUGCACAGGAGCUCCAUGGAAAACGCACGUUAUGGCCACUGCAUAGGAAUCCAUCGCGACGGCUGUAGGGUGUGAAAAUAAAGUGGGAGUGUGAGAGGAGGAACAGAGCAUAAAGAAGAGGGAUCUACAAUGGCAGCAGAAGAGAAGCCUGCUGUGAAGAGCAGUAGCUCCAUUCUACCAUGUUUCCUAUUUGUGGAGCUGGUGAUCAUGGCAGGCACCGUUCUCCUGGCGUACUACUUCGAAUACACGGACACCUUUCCCGUGCACAUCCAGGGCUUCUUCUGCUUCGACAAGGCGUUCUCCAAACCGUACCCUGGACCGGAGGAGAGGAGUAACGUACCGCCGGUGCUCGUGUACUCUCUGGUAGCUGCUAUCCCCACUAUAACCAUUCUGGCCGGCGAGGUGAUGGUGUUUUUCAUGAGGUCGGAGGGCACGCAGGAGAAGACCAUAGUCACAGCCGACUGCUGUUACUUCAACCCUCUGCUCAGACGCAUCAUACGCUUCCUAGGUGUCUACACCUUCGGCGUGUUCACCACCACCAUCUUUGCCAAUGCUGGGCAGGUAGUGACAGGAAACCAGACGCCUCACUUCCUGUCAGCAUGUAGACCAAACUACACAGCACUGGGCUGCCAUUCCAACCUACAGUACAUCACAGAGCGCAAAGCCUGCACUGGAAACCCCCUCAUAGUAGCAUCUGCACGGAAAUCCUUUCCUUCCAAAGAUGCGGCCCUCAGUGUUUAUUCUGCAGUGUAUACAGUGAUGUACGUGACGUUGGUGUUUAGGACUAAAGGGACGCGUCUGACCAAACCCACACUGAGUCUGAUUCUGCUGUGUCUGGCCAUGCUGGUGGGUGUGGUCAGAGUGGCUGAAUACCGCAACCACUGGGCCGACGUCCUCGCUGGAUACUUCACCGGCGGAGCCAUCGCUGUCUUUCUGGUGACGUGUGUUAUCAACAACUUCCAGCAGACAAAGCCCCCACCCCCACCGGUGCGACCCCAGCGCCCUGAGUCUGUGCUGGGCAUGCCCAUGGUGGCGCUGCCCUGCGUAGAGAGUCCACUUGAAAAGUUAAGUGGCACUCAGACUCCAAGGGGAUCUCCAUUCACUGAGAUCACAUGACCAUCAGCCUCAUCGGUUCCCCGUCCCCCCCGAUGUCCUCAUACCGUCUCGCUCCAUUACCAGCGAAGUCUAGACCAGCCGUCCCAGCACGCGCGCCACUGCGCCGCCCACUCCGUGGGACGCUCCACCGCUCUGCACCGCUCCUACUCGACGCAGGUCUAGAUUUCCUCACCUCCAACCCCUCAUCCUCCAUAUUCCUCCAUGCUGCCAAUAGGGCCUCCACAAACCGCGCAAACAAACCACGAGACACACUUUUAGAGAGCCUGCUCGGAGAUCCCGAACGCCUGCACGAAAGCCAGAAAUCACAGGUAGGCGUCUCUCUUUUGCCAGAGAGUUUGUUUGGACUGUGGGUGGAGGAUUCGCACCUGUUCAGACCUCUCAAAACCAACCCGACCUACUUCCUGGGGAACCGAUGAAGAAGUCUUGAUCAGCUUUUGGCUGAAAUUCAGAACUCUGGCUCCAAUUUUUACUGCAGUGUCAGUUCAUAUGUAAAUACAUGUUUUGUUUUGUUGUUUUUGGCAUUUUGGUUAAAGGCAUGUCUGUUUUGUUCCUUUUUGUUCAUUAGGGUGACCAUACGUCCUCUUUUUCCCAGACGUGUUUAUAAAUUGCGUAAAAUGUCUGGGUU